AUGGCCGAACUCUUCGACAAAACCCCUGAGCUCCCCCCUCCAUUCGUAAACAUCGACGGCAUCGCCAACUUCCGCGACAUUGGCGGUUACACCACCACCACCUCCUCCUCUCCCCAGUCCAUUCGCAACCACCUCGUCUACCGCUGCGCCGACCCCAGCAAAGUCCAGCCCUCGGGCCUCGCAAAUCUAAAAGAGCUCGGAGUGAAAAAAGUGUUUGAUCUACGCAGUAUACCCGAAAUCUCCAAACAAGGACCAGAAUGGGCUGGCGUUGCUGUUGAGAAGGAAGUGUUUACCACACGACCUGAAGGCGGUGAAGAUACAGAGGAUCUUCCUGGAGAUGAGAUUGAGAGGAUUUGGUGUCCGGUGUUUAGGAAUACCGAUUAUGGGCCUGAGCAAGUCGCGAUUAGGUUUCAGAAUUAUGCGAAGAGUGGGAGUGAAGGCUUCGUAAAAGCAUACGCAGACAUCAUGGCCAACGGCCCUCACGCCUACAAAACCAUCCUCUCACACUUAGCUCAACCCUCCCCUUCACCCUGUAUAAUCCACUGCACAGCAGGCAAAGACCGCACAGGCGUCAUCGUCGCUCUCCUCUACCUCCUCUGCUCUGUUCCUCCCUCAACAGUAGCAAACGAAUACUCUCUCACCGACAAAGGGCUACAGCACUUGAAACCUCUGUUUACAGAACGCUUGCUCAAGAAUCCUGCGUUAGAGGGUAAUGAGGAGGGAGUGCAGAAUAUGAUUUCUUCGCAGCCGGAAAAGAUGGCGGCGACGAUUGAGAUGAUGCAGCGGGUUUAUGGUGGUGCGGAGGGGUAUGUGAGGGAUGUGGUUGGUUUGAGUGAUGAGCAGAUUCAACAGAUUAGGAAGAAUCUCUUGUCGGAUGAGAAGGCUAUGUUUUAG